GGCUUCUCUGACAUCAUCCGCGGCUGCUCCGGGAGGCAGGCGAAGGAAAGGACUUCCCAAAGAGCCACACUCUCCCUGCCUCCUCCUCCUCGUCCGGCCCCCAUCAGCUUCGCUCCGGCCCCAGCGGCUCCGUCUUCACCUGAAGCAACUCUCCACCCCGUGCAAGAAUGCUGAUUCUUCUGGCUUUCAUCAUCCUCUUUCACAUCACCUCUGCUGCGUUUCUGUUCAUCGCUACGAUCGACAAUGCUUGGUGGGUCGGGUCUGACUUCAGAAUGGGCCUUUGGUUCCUGUACACCAAUGAAACCAACUGCACAGUUAUCGACGAACAAUUCCCAGACUACCCGGCCAUCCAGGCCAUGCAAGCCACCAUGAUUCUCGCCACCAUAUUCUGCUGUGUGGCCUUCUUCAUCUUCAUCCUACAGCUCUUCCGCCUCAAGCAAGGGGAGAGAUUCAUCCUGACGUGUGUCAUACAGCUGAUGUCAUGUAUGUGUGUGAUGACUGCGGUCUCCAUUUACACGGAUAGGCAGGAAAUCCUUCACAGGGACGACUUCUACAACUUCAACGUCAGCAGCGGCCAGUUUGGAUAUUCCUUCAUCUUGGCCUGGAUCGCAUUCGCCUUCACCCUCAUCAGCGGCCUCAUGUACCUCAUCCUAAGGAAGCGCAAAUAAGUAGCGGCUGGUGGAGCGAAUGCCUCUCGGCUGCAAUGACAUUCCGGUCACACGCCUGUAUAUAGCAAGAAGGGGCCCUCCAUAGUAUAAAGUUCUCUUGUUUCUGGUUCCUCCCUCCCACCCCCCCACCCCCUGCUUUGACAUUCUUGGCAUGAAACAGCAAGGACUAUGGGAGACGCAGGUGAAUUGGAACGCCUGGACUCCCUAGGCACGGUCGGAGGACUUUAAAAGGCAGCCAAAGCGAUAUUCUUUUCUUGCACUGUUUUCAAACACCGGUAACCUUACUAGGUAUUAACAAAAGGCAGGAUGAUAGCCGUCUAGAUGGGAGGUUUGGAGCUGGCGGCGUAGGAGGUGCCUGAAUUUCCUAAGGAGCAAAUGGGUGUCGAGAGCUUCGUUAGGGAAUACCCACACCGUCCAGGCCCCGCCGAAGUCUCUUGAGUUCACGCCGCUGGGGGAAAACAAACCUCCCAGCCGUGGUGCCUUAAGCGACUGAAGGCCGACACAGACAGAAUUUGAAAGACAAGGUACUUCGUGCAGCGAUGGUUUGAUGCAAGAGCAGUGGCUUAGGGAUUUGCGUUGGGAUUUAGAGGGAAAGGGUGGCGUUAAGCGCUCUGGCCUUCCACUUUGAUAUGCUGAAUGCAUUGCCAAGAAGAGUUGCCAGGUACCCCCUGCUGACUGGUGAGGAGCAGUGUUCCCUCUAAGCUGAGUUAGUGUG